AUGGAAACUUUGAACACGACCAAAAUCCCACCAAGUAAGUGUACGCCCAGUUCAGUUCGGUUUGGGUACCGGGAAUAUCCUCCGAGCUUCCAGGUUAGCCCGGGUCCUCCAUGCUCUCCAUGUUCUCCUGGCUCCCCGACAGGGUUCAGCUGCACCAGGUGUGCCCGUGCCCGGGUGACUUCCACCUCUCGGUUUCCAGCCCCGAAACCGGAAUCUACGAUUGAAUUUCAGACAGUAUACGGCAUCCUGCACCCAACCACCCAAACCACCAUCCGGCGACCAAGGAAAACGCAAAGGCUUUUGCAAUUUUUAUGUGCAAUUUUUUACAUGGGAACCAAAGGCGGUACGAAGUGUCGCUUGUGGCUCGUUAAGGUUAAGGGGUGGAAGGUGUUUUUUUUCCCUAUUUUUUUGGGUGGUGAGGGCUAG